AUGAGGGCUGGCAAGGGCAAAAUGGGAAACUGCUGUCGUAUCCAGUGCAGGGGACCUUGUAUCAUCUAUAAUGAGGACAACGGAAUCAUCAAAGCCUUCAGGAACAUCCCUGGAAUUACUCUGCUUAAUGUAAGCAAACUGAACAUUUUGAAACUUGCACCUGGAGGACAUGUGGGCCACUUCUGCAUUUGGACUGAAGGUGCUUUCCACAAGUUAGAUGAGCUGUAUGGCACUUGGCGUAGAUCUGCCUCCCUCAAGAGUAACUACAACCUUCCUAUGCACAAGAUGCUCAAUACAGACCUGAGCAGAAUCUUGAAAAGCCCAGAGAUCCAAAGAGCCCUGCGUGCACCACGCAAGAAGAUUCACCGCAGAGUCCUGAAGAAGAAUCCACUGAAGAACCUGAGAAUCAUGUUGAAGCUAAACCCAUAUGCAAAGAUCAUGCGCGGAACACCGUUCUUCAUCAGGCCAAGAACCACAAGCUUCCGCUGGAUAAAGCAGCAGCAGCACUAG